AUGAGCACAAUGACAGAGACUGAUAAAGGCAAUACUAACCAGAAGGUGGCAUCCUUUAUGGUUGGCUUUGCCCUAGCCCAGGUACCUCGUUUGGCUGUUUCGGCUGGCAAGUUUUCUGCUGUAAGGUUCAGGAUCAGUUCUAGCUACAUUCCUCUCUUCCUUAAUCAGAUGAUUAUCUCCUACAGAAUUGCUGCUUUACUUGGAACAAUGGUGAUGAACGGAUUAAUUCUGGGUUCACCUACAUUUAAGGAUUCUCUAAAUAUUGUAUCUUCCAUAUGCACCUCUCUGAUGCCCCUUUGUUAUGCUGUAACGUUAGUUACAUUCUACACUGGAGGGGACGAAGGAUACAUUACAGCUUACUACUGGGGUAUUGUAUUGACGUCAUUCAUGUACGGUUGCAGUGUUGUUUCUGUAACAACCUUGGCGUCGAGCGAGAUUGCAGCAUAUCUAGCGGCUAUACCAGCGGCAUCUAUAGUUUCUUCCUCAUACCAUCUCUCAUUUGUUAAGUUUGGGAACAAAUGUAGACUUCAGAAUAUAAACUACUGGGUAGUAGUAUGGCAAAUUAUCACUGCGAUUGGUUUAGCGGUAAUUGCAGCAGGAAUUUGGAUACCUGCUUACGGUGGUGAACAGAUCAAUAGCGGUAGUGGUGGUGAUGAUGAUUUUUCGACUGGAUGGAACCUAUCCAAAUCACCACUAUUUCUAGCUGCAUUCGGCUAUGGGCUACAGUAUGCUUUCUACCCUGCCAUUGCACCUUAUAAGCUUGCUGGUAUUCAAAAGGGGUUUUACAUUUCCUUGAUAUUGCUUUACACUGGAGCAAUACCACCUGCAAUUCUACUAUAUCUAAAGGAGGCAAAGAAGGGUCCAGACAGGAAAUGGGAGAACCGCGAUGCUGCAUGGCAUUACGCUUGGUUCCUUUUUGCUCUAGAGGUUACAUGUGCAUACAUUUUCACGAUUAUAUUGCACUAUCCAGACGGGUUUAUAGCCAGAACACUUCGGAAUAGCACAAUACUCCUCACACUUGUUAUUGUCUUGUAUGAUAUGUGUGUACAUACUACUAGAGGUAUUGGAUCUAACGGGGCCUCAAGACAGACCAAGAGUGGUAAAGGUAAAAACCGACAAAUGGCCACGCUAAACACAUUACUUUAUUCUAUAAUGCAGUUGAUAUUCGCUUUCAUGGGUAAUGGGUAUCUCAAAACGUACAGAUUGGCAGAGAAGGAUCCAGCAAACUGGCCUACUGCUCACUAUGGCUUUUGGAAAUCGCUUGGCUACUGGUGUGGUUGCUCCACCAAGUGUGCAUGCAAAAAUCUUCUGACAGCCUUUACCACAGACGUUAGAGGAUCUAUCGUUGAAAAGAAAGAGUUUCUCUAUAUUGUAUAUGCAGAUGAAGCAGAUAAUAUUAGAAAGCCUCCCAAGACGAAAAAUCCUAAACCAGGAGAUAACAAGGAGGGAAAAGCCCAUAAACUCAAGGAAGAGAAAUCUAGAGCUGAUCAGGCUGAACAUGGUGAACUUAAUGCUGAUGGCGAAAGUGGUGCUAAUGCUGCUCCUUUAGAUCCUCCACAUCUUGGACAGAAUGAAGUUCAACGUGAGGAAGUUCCAGCAGCUGACUUAUCUGACCAGGCUCCUGAUACAGAGUCUGAGACUAAGAUGCUUCUUGGAGCUCAAAGCGGAAUUUUAACUGGUAAAAUCUACGGGAUAAUAUCGGGAAAGAUGAGAUCCUUCUCGUUAUUAUCCAUAGCAUUCUUUGUUGGAUUCUGUUAUUGUAUUCCUCCAAAUUCAAAAGGAAGUGGUGGCAACGCUACGCAGAAUUCUAGAGAAGUCAAUCCUGCUUCUCAAGUUCAACGGGUAGUUCAACAGAUUCCACAAGAGAAACAGACUGUUCCAAGCACAAAUGUUGGAGCUCCUACACCUGCUGCUACAGUGAUUAAAACGGUGGAGCUUGAUCUCAAAGAUGUUGACAGGAAAAUAUUCUUAGCCACGGAAUCUUCAGAGAGUGGACUUGUGGAGAAAACAUUUACCGUGAAGGUGAAGGAGAGUCAUCGUCUCACAGAAGUUUACGAGCUUAACGUUCCGGUUUGGAAAUCUGAUUCUCCGAACAAACAUUGUACACUUGCUACCGUGCACUUUGAGGGAGAGAAUCCCAUGCUAGCAUCUUUAUCACUUAACCAAGGAUUUGUUUAUUUAAAAAAUAAGGACGGUAAAUGGGUUGCUGUUUCUAAAGAAGAUUACGAUGCUGCUCUAACUAAUAUGAAGGCACGAGCUUCCUUACCUGAAGCUAAGGCCGUUGAAUUAGAUGUCUCUGAUGUAGACGGCAAUGUAUUCGUGGUUAAGGAGGAAACUGUUGAAGGAGUACCUCUAAAGACCGUUACUCCGAAGGAAGGUCAUCAUAUAUCCUCUGUUGUGGAUGGAGAGAAGGAAGUCUGGAAAGGUGCAGAUAAGGAGCAUGGUCAAAAGGUAAUGAUCUACUAUGAUGGAGAAUCCCCUGCAUCAGUAGUUGUAAACUUUGUAAAGGCUGAUGGAACAAAACCUUGGAAAUAUCAUAAUUUGCAGGAUAACAAGUGGAAUGUGGUAAAUAAGCAAGUCAAUGAAAAUUUCGUGAAGGAGCUAAUGAAGAAAGCUCCCCAAUUUCCUCCACCAAAAGACCCCAAAACCCUAGAUCUUUCCUCUCUUGCGGACUCUCGCUAUAAGACGGUAGAUCUAAGCAUUGAUGGAGUUCCUGCGAGGGUUUAUGUAGUUGGUCCAAAAGAAGAUAUAAAUAAGGUCGAGUGUAGUGAAAAGGAAGUAUGGAAGGCACCAGAUGCCACUGGAGGUGGAAAUAGAUAUAAUGUAGCAUCGGGACAAAAAUGCACCUGUUGUAUAACAUUCCUCCAGGAUACCAGUACUAACAUGGCAGUAGUUGACAUAAAUGAUGGGAAUGUGCUCAGGGAAAUAUUCAAGUUUGAUAGAGAUGAAUGGAAGAAGGCAACCAACUAUCCACAAGACAUUGCUGCCCUGAAAACAUAUACAGACCCCCCAGCAAAGUUCACUCUGGACAUUUCCUCUCCAAAAGAAGAUGGUGAAAGAUUUAAGCUUGUAAAGGAAGAAAAGAAUGGUGUUACUACUCAGCUCUUUGCCACAAAACAAGGUCAUCUCAUUCAAAAGGUUAUGGACGGAAAGAUGGAUGUGUAUACUGUCCCGAGGGAUCAAGUUUGUUACCUUUGUGAGAUCCAUUCCAAGGGUACCUCUAAACUGCUAAGAAUACACUCCCAUAAAGACUAUAAAAUUGAAUUCCAGUGCUAUGAGAGUGCAGGUUCUGGAUGGAAGGUAGUUGAAAGACAGUACUUUGGAGGAAAACUUGAAAACAUGCAGCGUGAUUAA